UUACCUACAUGUAACAAUUCAAUGCUAAUGCAUUUGUAUUUGCAUCAGCCACUAAAUAUUAUGCCAUUUUAAGCUAAAUUUUUAUAGUAUAUGAAAUUAUUUUUAGUUACCAAUUCUGUAUGAUAAACUGUUACUGUGCAUACUUGUGUGUAGGUGCUGGUGGUCAAACCAGUUUUUCUACGAGAGAUGGUAGUAAUCAGUUUAAUGUCUCAUCGGCUGGAGUCACACUGAAAGAUUUGGAAGAGUUGAAGUUAAAUGCUGUUAGCUCAUUAAGCGAUUCAUUCUUUAAGAAACUCCUUGAUGUGAAUGAGGACUAUAUGUCACUGAAUGAAGAGCUAUCAAUGAUUAGUUUCAUUGAAGCACUUGUGAGACGAAUAAGGAAACUACUCAAACUGAGAGCAGCAGCCAGACCAGUCCUUAAACUAUAAUUCACAAACACUCACUUCCUCACUUCUACUACUUCUUAAUUUUAGUUUCAUUUUCGACUACUUCUUAGUUGUAAAUAUUUUGUUAUUAAUGCUAAUAACUUACAUUAUACUUAA